UGACACACCACGAGAAACAAGGAGGACGUCGCAUCUCUGGCGUAGCGGCUUCUCUAGCCCGACUCUAUGCUUCCGUCUCUGCGCCCGGAAGGGGCGGUUGCCGCGUCGGCAGUGGGCGGGGCCAGGGAGAUGCGGCUGAGCGACGCCUUCUUGUUGAAGUUUUAUUGUUGCUUCCCUCUCGGCCGUCUGCGCCCGUGCCAGCCGCUGUGCGGCUCCCAAUAAAGGUGCUGUUUGUAGGCUUCCCAUAAUGAGCAUCCGGUUUGCCACUGAGAAAAACAUGAUGCCGGACUGGCCUGAUCCAGAAGUCCCUUAUUAUGUUCUUAACUGCUCUGCACCUGACAUCACAUGUGGGAAAGACUCCCUUAUCCACAGUCUGGUUGGUUGGUACAAGUGGAAAGAUGAUUGUCCCUUCUUUAUAAACAAUAUAGAAGCACCCCAAGGCGGCCAGAGUGCCACAGGCUGGAUCACAAUAAUGUUUUUGGGAAGAGAACAAGUGCAAACAAUCAACACAGCUAACUUGCUGCUCCCUUCAUCUGCCUUUAGCCAAUUGUGACCAAAACUACACAGAACAUACAGGAGGCAGAGAGUUCCAGGCAGCUAUGGAUCUCCCAAACUACAGCCAGCAACUGCUUCAACAGCUCCAUAUGCUCUGCACAGAACAGCAGUUUUGCGACUGCAGCAUUUUGGUCGGGACAAUGCACUUCCGAGCUCACAAACUUGUGCUGGCAGCAGCCAGCGUGUUGUUCAGAUCAGUGCUGGAUGACACCGACACGGUCUCUAUCGAUGCUUCUGUGGUGGCCCCAGAUGAGUUUGCUCUCCUGCUAGAAAUGAUAUAUACAGGCAAACUGCCUCCUGGAAAGCACAAUUUCACCAACAUCAUCUCUGUGGCAGACAGUCUGCAGAUGUUUGAUGUGGCUGUCAGCUGCAAAACUCUUCUUGGGGACCUCCUGAGCUGUUCAAGUCAAGAUCAAGUGCCAAGGGACAUCUCUGUUCAGGCAGGAGAUGCAUCUAGCAAUAGUAUUGCCAUUUCUAACAGUUCCCAUGCUGCAGAACUCAGUGACAAAGUGAUGUUGCAUUUUGAGCAUGUUUCUCCUGGACUUGCAGAGCUUGUGGACCCCACCAGACAGAGUAACCGUUCAGCUUCAGCAUGUCAGGAAGCUUUGGACAAAGAGACCCAGCUUUCUAAUUCUCACAGCCAGGAUCCCAAAGCUCUCCCUCCUCUGUGUCCAGGUGGACAGAGCGUUUGCAAGGAAGGGGAGGCCACCACACGGCUAGAAGAGAAGGACCUGGUCCAAGGAGGGUCAGAAGAGGUGAAUCCUACAGCUGCUCUGCUCCAGGAAAGUAGAGAAGAGAUUCUACAGGAUGUGACAAAAUUGGGGUCCACCCAAGGUCUCUUGGACACAGCAGAGGAUGAGGUCUUCCUCUCGGGGGCCGAAAAGCAAGCACUACUGGACUCCUGCAAGGACAGCUCAACCAGAGAGGCUGUGGAGAAUCUGCUCAAGAAGGUGGUGGUGAAGGAGGAGGAGAAGAUCCUGAGCACAGAGACCCUGGUAAAACUUGUAGGGGCCCUGAGUGCUCCAAUCCCCGGCUUGGGUCUUCUGCUGGACCAUUGGGUGGCUGCAGCAGUCGGGUCUGAUGGCACAGCCAGAAGGAACCUUGAAGCCUAUGGGAAGAGCCUUUUGAGGCACCACCAAGACAGCCUGGCCAGAUACGUUGCCGGUGCCCAGCAGUGGCAGCAAGCACUCUUGUCAUUGCAACAUCUGUUACCUGGGAAACGUCAGCUGAUGGAGGAGAUUGUGGCCGGUGCGGUGGAGUCAGGUGUCUUCAGCGCAUUGGCCUCUGCAGCCCUGGAGGAGCAGGUCCUUCCAGUUGCAGAUGUUUGGCAGGUGCUGCAGGCGCUGCAAGAGACGGAUCUCCCUCUCAAGCAGUUCUUGGCAGAGAUCCAGCAGGAGCCUGACACUGCCCUCUUCUUCCAAACCGUUGGCUCUAGCGAUAGCAUUGCCACUGAAAUUCUACUGAGGCAUCGCAAGCUGAUCUCUGAGGCUCUCCAUCAUGGAGCUGGAUGGGAGGAGGCGGAGCUCCCUCCCCCAGCAGAAGCAGGCCUGGCUGAACUAGCAAAGCCAGCAGAAGAGGCAGCCUUGGAUGCUGUCCCUGGACGCCAGCUGGUGAGCGCUUGCCUGCAAGAGGUGCUGCCUGUGACCUCCUGGAGGGCAGUUCUGAGCAGUGCCCAGAGCAAGCAGCCUCUUCCUGCCACCCAGAUCUGCCAACUCCUCUGCUGCAUUCAGGAGUCCUUUCCAGGCUUGCAGGCAGUGAUGCAGGAACUACAGCAAGCUGGGCUCUUGACUGCAGUGACUGGAGGGAAGAGCAGUGUCUGGAAGUGGAAGGUGAACAGCAUGUCUCAGAUUGAAGCCGUGGGCAAAGUGGAGCAGAAGCAAGGCCUCAGCCAGGAGCUGCCCAAGAAGAGCCUCUCCUGCAAGGCCUGCAGGAAGAGCUUCCGCUUCUACUGCCGCCUGAAGGUGCAUGAGAAGCGCUGCCGGGUGGCCAGCCAGAAGCUGGUGCAGUGCAAAGAGUGUGGCGAGAGGAGGGCCUCCAAGGUGGAGCUGGAGAAGCACCAGGUGGAAGCGCACGGCAAGGCAAGCGCUGCCACCCUCCAGAAGAAGCCAAAGAAGCCGCGCCUCCCAGUGGCCUGCGACAUUUGCGGGCGGGAGUUUGCGCAUACGUCAGGGAUGCAGUACCACAAACUGACGGAGCACUUUGAUGAGAAACCCUUUUCCUGCAAGGAGUGUGGAGCCAAAUUUGCUGCCAACUCAACGCUCAAGAACCACCAGCGCCUGCACACUGGGGACCAGCCCUUUGUCUGCAAGCACUGCCCAAUGACGUUCUCGCAGGCCUCCGCCCUCGCGUACCACACCAAGAAGAAGCACGCCAAAGGGAAGAUGUACGCUUGCCAGUACUGUGCUGCUGUCUUUGCCCAGUCGAUUGAGCUGUCCCGCCACGUGCGCACUCACACUGGCGACAAGCCCUAUGUCUGCAGGGAGUGUGGGAAAGGGUUUCGCCAAGCGAAUGGCCUCUCCAUACACCUGCGUACGUUCCACAACAUUGACGAUCCCUAUGACUGCAAGAAGUGCCAGAUGAGCUUCCCCACCCUGCAGGAGCACCAGAAGCACAUCCACGCAGCCCACUCCAGAGAGUACCACCCGUGCCCGACGUGUGGGAAGGUCUUCAGUGCCCCCUCCCUCCUGGAGCGCCACGUGGUUGUCCAUGUCGGGGGGAAGCCCUUCAGCUGCCAGAUCUGCAACAAGGCCUAUCAGCAACUGUCAGGGUUGUGGUACCACAACCGGACUCAUCAUCCGGACAUCUUUGCUGCCCAGAGCCACCGGUCCUCCAAGUUCUUCUCACUGCAGUGCAGCUCCUGCAACAAGACGUUUGCCAGCAUGGCAGCCCGUAGGAGGCACGCCAGGGAAGAGCAUGCAGAUAUGACCUUGCAUGAGUGUGAGAAGUGCAGAGGGCUCUUCCCUACUCUGGCCUUGUUGCAGGCUCACGAGAAAAGCCAGCACUCAGGGCGUCAGCCGCUCCUCUGCCCACACUGCUCGGCUUCUUUCCAUCUCCAGGGGGCACUGCAGCACCACCUGGCCACCAAACACGCCACCCAUUUGGAGCGUUCCUUCGGCUGUGGGCUCUGUGGGGAGGUUUUCUCCGAACAGGAGCAGCUAGCAGAGCACUGUGGUGCUGAGCACCCGAAGAUGAUUCAGACGCCAGAGCAGGUGAUCUCCAUGGCAGAGCCAGAACUUGCCGGGUCUCAGGUGUUUCUGACAUCGUCGGAUUUGCAGGGCACCAAGGUAGAACAGAGCUGGUGAUGGUGAGCUUGGAAGGCUUGCUGGAUGAAAUAGUUGCUCUGAUUCAUGAAGGAGUGGAGGAGAGAGGGUGGGCUGGAACCUGUCUGUGCAUUUGCUAUGGAGCAGGGCACGACAGCAGGGACAAAAGCAGUCAAAAUAGGGUGCUUGGGUGGCAAGGUGUGGGUCAGAGGCCCCCUUUGAACAGCAGCCUCUUAAGCUUGAUGUGGAGCUGUGAUCUAAGGCAGGUGUCACUAUUGGGCCCUACUAUAGUGCAGGGGGCCCAGCAGCUGUCCAAGAAUGCUAUAUGCUGACGCCGGCUCCACCACAGGGCCCUUUUCAAUGAACUACAUUUCUCCUGAGGAAGUCCUUUUGGGAUGGCUCCAGUGCAAACAUGGCACUAAGUUUCCCAGGAACGAUAUACAAACAGGACCUUGUAAUGUGCUGUGAUAGAUCUGAAGCACUCAAGGAUGUGAAGAGAUGCCAGCACUGAAGUUAUUUACUUUAAUAUAACAACAUAACGCUGAUGGCUGGCUGAAUAAACUGAGCGACUGUUUUGUA